AUGCUUUAUUAUUUACAAAUCAUUCACAGUUUAUCUAUUAAUCUCUCGUCUAUAUUUGAUAGUUCAAUUGAUAAAAUAGCAGUAAUUAAAUUAUUAUUUUAAGCUGUAGAUCUGUAUGGACUAUAUAAAAAGAAAUCAUAAAUAAAGGGGGUUUACCAAAAAUAACUAGUUACCUUUAUGUUGAUUUCCUAAUCCUUAAAAGAGUAAAUGUCAAUAAUUUUAAGUCUCACUUUUAAUCAGAUAUUACAAUUGGUUAUUUAUGGAUAUAUAAUUUAAGUGAAGCACAUUCAACAAUUUAAAGACUGA